AUUACUGUCUUGUAAUUGUGUUUGUGUACACCGCAUCAUUUAUUGACGCUUUUGUGACUUUGAUAUUUAUUAAAAAAUAUUAUUAAAUAAUUGUUUUAUAUUGUUUAUUAACAAUAAUUAUUGUAUAAAUUUUACAACUCUUUUCUGCAUUGAUUAGAAGAUAUAAAAAAAUAAAAUGUCGUUCAAUCGUGGAGUAAAGAGAAAUUCAUUUGGUAAUGUAAGAAAUAAUUUUGGAAGAUCUGGAGGAGGUGGAGGUGGUGGUAUUGGCGGUGGAAAUGGGGGAGGUAAUACUGGAAUGACUGGAGGACAAAAUAAUCGUGGAAUGAAUCCUUGGGAAAGUGGAAGUAUGCCUGGACGAGGUAUUCUACCAACUCCAAAUAAUAAUUUAUCAAUAAAUUCAUCACAAGCUGAAUUGGUUAUUGUUUCCAAUUUAUUGAAUAAUCUCAUUCGUACUCAACAAGAACCUCAACCUCAGGUACCAUCAUUGCUGAGCCUUGGAACAAGCUUAAGCAAUCCAUUAUCAAAUUUUCGAAAUCAAGGAAAUUUUGGUAACAAUGGUCGUUUCAAUGAUCGCCUACAACGUUUAGGAAAUAACAAAAAUCAACAACAACCACAACGUGCACAGCCCUAUAACAAGAUGGGCAAUAAUCGUGCUCGCGACGGAGUCGCCGGCCGACGUGGCCCUUCAUCCGCACAAUUUCGUGCACAAUCCCAGUCCGGAAAUCAACGUAACAAUGGAAACCAAAAUCAACAUCGCAACGAUAAAAAUACAAAAGCCUCUAAAAAAAAUGAGACGUCUAAAAAGGAACAACUGGAUGUUAAGAAAAAUAAUGAAAAGCCGAUUACUGAGAACGUUGUUAAAAGUGAAGAGGCUGAAGAAAGUCAGGAUAAGAAACGCGAUUGGAAGGAUGAAAAAAAAGAUGUUGAUGCUACUGUUGUUAAAAAAAUUGAUGACAAAGCUACUGCUAAUAAUAAUAAAAAAAAUGAUGAUAAUAAUGGUGGAAAAAAAAUUGAAACAAGACAUGCUGAUAGUCGUUAUUCAGCUGUUCCAACAACUCAAAUGACUUGUCACGUUUGCACUAAACGCAUGUGGGAUGGAUCUUCAUUUGAAAAUCAUCUUCGUGGACGUGCUCAUCAAUUGAUGAUGGAAAAACUUGAUGAAUCAUACAAGCUUAAAGUUGAUUUAAUGAGACAUGAACUUCGUGUAUCUGAAGAACAACGUGAAAUGAGUUUAAAUAAUUCAAAACGUCGUGGAAAAAAAGUUUCUGUUGAUUUAAAUGUACGUGAAUAUUGUACAAUGUGUGAUCUUAAUUUCUAUGGUACAUUAACAAAUCAUAGAAAAAGUGAUAAACAUCAACAAUUAAAAACAUUUUUACAUCCACGUUGUGUGCCAUGUUCAAAAGAAUUUCCAUCAAGAAUUGAAUAUGAUGAGCAUCGUUUAACACCUGGACAUAUGAUUAAUACAGUACAAACUGAAGAACAAAAGAAAACUAAAAAACAAAAACUUGCUAAAGGUGAAUCAGAAGUAUGUAAUGCUAAUGAUGAAGAAAAAGAUACACAAAUUAAUGAAGUUAAUAAAACAACUGAUAAAGAUGAAGAACCAUUGACUGAUAAUACUGAAUAUUUACUUGAUAUUACUGAUGAUAUGGAUAUGAAAAAAUAUAAAAUACCAUCACAAAAAUAUUUUAAACAAAAACAAAUUAAAAUUGGUAGUUCAAUGAUUAAAGAAGUACAAGGUUAUCAUUGUGAUAAAUGUCGUAAAUUUAUGUUAACACCUGAUGAUGUAUCAAUGCAUUUAAAAACAGUAACACAUUAUAAAAAUUUUGUUGCUGAAGUUAAAUUAUUAACAACACCAGUUGAAAAAGUUGAAGAGACUGUUAAUCCAACAACAGCAACACCAGUUGAAACACCAACAACAGAAACAACAGCAACAACAGCUGAUGAAUCAAGUGAAAUGAAAGUUGAUGAAAAAGAUACAACCACUGAAGAACCAUCAACUGUUAAUGAUGAUGAUAAUAAAGAAGAAAAUAAUCAAGAUAACGAUGAUGAUAAUGAUCAUGAUGGUAAUUUUAAACGUCGUAAACUUGAUACAACAUCAACAACAACAACAACUGAAAAUAAUGACGAUAAAAUAAAUGAUAUUGAUGAUAAAAUUGAUUCACAAAUGGAUGAAAUUGAUGAUAUUGAUGAUGACAUUGAAGAUCUUCAAAAUAUUAUUGAUAAUAGUGAUGAAAAUAAUAAAAUUCAAGAUACCAAUGAAAACGAUAAUUUAAUAAAUGACAUAAUAAAUGAUAAAAUUAAUGAUGAUGUUGAAAAUAAUGGUAUUAAAGAAUCAAUGAAUAUACAAAAUGAAUUAAAAAAUAAUUGUAAUGAUGAUGAAGAAGAAGAAGGUGAUGUUUCAAUGAUGUCAGUUGAAGCAUUUGGUGAUAAGCCAAAAAUUGAUAAUAAAACAACUGAAAAUAAUGAUGUAAAAGUUGCUGAAGUAAUUGUAGAAAAAAUUGAUGAUAAAAAUGAAAAACCAGUAUCAUCUGAUAAUCAAGUUUCACAAGAUAAAAAAAUAGUUGAACAAUCAAUUAUUCCUGAAAAAAUAAUUGAAAAAACUGUUGUUCCUGAAAAAACAGUUGAAAAAGUAAUUGUUCCUGAAAAAACAGUUGAAAAAACAGUUGUUCCUGACAAAGUAGCUGAAAAAAUACCUGAAAAAGUAAUUGAAAAGAAAAUUGUACCAGAAAAAACACCUAUACCAGCAAAAAUAGCUGAAGAAAUUAAAAAAGUAAUUGAUUCAAUGCCUGAAGCACCACCAGCACCAAUAAUAUCAUCACCAAUUAAUCAACAUCAUCGACAUUCAUUAAAUAACAGCAAAAAUCAUUCUCCAAAUAUGCAUACUCCAAAUAAAUCACCAAGAGGUGGUGGUGGUUUUCGUGGAAAUCGUGGCAAUCGUGGUACUCAACGUGCACGAAGAUCUCGUCGAUAAAUAAUUUAUUUUUCGUACAACAAUGUCACAAAGAAAAAAAAAAAAAACAACACACCAGUUAUUGACAAUUUUAACAAUGUUUUUGCAAUUAAAAUACAACAUAAUGAAUUAGUUAAUUAAAUGCAUUUUAGUUUUUAUUAUUUUUUUUUUUUCUAAAUAAAAUGUAACGUUUGUGAGUUUUAAAUAACUUUUUUGGUUUUUAAAUUAAAAAACUUAUUGUCUUAAUAUCUGUAUGUUUUUGGCUUUUUUUUUUCAUUUAAAUAUUUUUUGAAUAAUAUGAAAUAAAAAAAAAAUGAAUAAAUAAACAAAUGUAGUGUUUUUUUAUCAAAUAUAAAAAUGUAGACUUGUUUGUUGAAAUAAUUUCUUCUUUUUGUGAGCAUAUUUAUGUGUAAUAAUAUCAGUAAAUAAAUAAAUAAAUCUUUGAUAAAUUAUAGAAAA